AUGCAGCGCAGACAGAGCGCACGAGGAGAGUGGAUUCCCACCGAGGGACAGUGGCCCGUGGACCCUCAAGAAGACGUUGAAGUUUCCGAGCAGCGCAUAUGGGUCGAUGGAUGUUUCGACUUUGCCCACCACGGCCAUGCGGGCGCCAUGCUGCAGGCGCGGCAGCUGGGCAACGAACUGUUCGUUGGUGUGCAUUCGGAUGAGGCCAUCAUGGAAAACAAGGGUCCGACGGUGAUGCGCCUGGACGAGCGCGUUGCCGCCGUCGAAGCCUGCCGAUGGGCUACCAAAGCCGUCCCGAGAGCGCCCUACGUAACUUCUCUACCCUGGAUCACCCACUACGGUUGCCAGUACGUGGUACACGGCGACGACAUCACGUCCGACAGCGACGGAAAGGACUGCUACCGCUACGUCAAAGCAGCUGGAAGAUUCAAGGUGGUUAAGCGCACACCCGGCAUCUCGACGACCGACCUCGUAGGCCGCAUGCUGCUCUGCACCAAAUCGCACUUCAUACCCUCGCUGGAGAAAAGACUGUCGGGAGACGAGGGCCCGGGCGAUGAGAAAGAACGGCUAAAGACGGGAGAAGAGAUGCUCCAGCGCAUCAAGGACUAUGCCACGGAUGCCUCAGGCCGCGCACCCGGCUGCGAUGUGUGGUACUGGCAUGCUUCCCGACCCGUCAAGUUACGGAGAACAACCACCAGCAACACGGUCGCCUCACCCACUUCGCCAACUGCGCCACGACCUGGUACCCUCCGUCAAGCCUCCACCGCCUCGGCCUUGGGGCCUGUGAAAGAGGAAAAGGGCAAGUUUCACCAGCUGGUACAAGGUAAGGGCGUAAAGCCUGGUCAAAAAGUCGUCUACGUUGACGGUGGCUGGGAUCUGUUCUCCUCCGGCCACAUCGAGUUCCUCCGCCUAGUCACGCGAUCAGAAGAGGAAGACGCCAAGGAGCGAGGAUGGUACACCGACGAGGCAAAGAAGGAGCGCAUAGAAAAGGCCGGCGAGGACUACGGUCCCGUCUUCUUGAUUGCAGGUAUCCACGACGACGAAGUGAUCAAUCACUGGAAGGGAAUCAACUACCCCAUCAUGAACAUCUUCGAGCGCGGUCUCUGCGUCCUGCAAUGCAAAUACGUCCACGCCGCCAUCUUCGGCGCCCCCUUCUCCCUCAGCAAAGCCUUUCUCCACACGCUCCCUUACUCCCAGCCCCUCACCGUCUAUCACGGCAAAACCACAUUCAUGCCUCUUGCCUUCGACCCUUACGCCGUCCCCAAGACCCUCAACAUCUACCGUGAAAUCGCUAACCACGAGUUCCAAAACGUUAAUGCAGCCGAGAUUGUGGCAAGGAUUAUGAAGGGGCGCGCCUUGUAUGAGGAGAGGCAGCGGAAGAAGGGCGAGAAGGGUAUGACGGAGGAGGUGGAGAAGAUUAGGCAGGAGAUGGAGAGGGAACAGAAGAGGAGGGAGGUUGAGAGUCAGUUUGGCCUUUAG